GGUUCCAUUAGAUGUUAUUACUAUUUCACUGUAUUACUUAUCAUCUUACUAUCAUCGUGAGAUCACCCGGUCAAUGCACCAAUGUGGAAUGUGGCAGUUGAAAGAAGAAUAUAAUUUUUUGCUUAGAGACUCUUCUACAAUGCCUCAUCUCCUUCCAGUAUGGGCUCCUAAAGAUAUAGUAGAAAAAGUUAGUGCCUCUCAUGCAUGUGAUCAACUCACCAAUGAUCCACCUGCUGAAACUGUAUGUAAAUCCAAACGUCCUGUUAAAAAUGAUAUGCAUCUUGGCCUAGCCAACAAUGCUGUAAAUUCGAAUAGAGUGAAACCGUUUGGUGAUGGUAGUUGGAUUGUCAUGGAAGCAGAUGGAAUAACACCACAUUCGGUGAGGCUACAAUCCAAAGCCAUCUUGUUCAUGUGUUGCUACCAGAACCUGCUUCCAUAACUGGUUCAUGGGAUUGUAAAGCAACAAAUGGCAACCCUCCACUGUGUGCUGGUGGAUGUUCAUCUGUUGCCAUUGGAAAAAAUAUCUGUUUCUUUGGCGGUGCUAGGAGUGGUGUCCAUCGCAAUAGCUUGUACUCCUUCAAUGUAGAUUCAUUUGAGUGGAGAGAACUCUCUCCUUCUAGUUCUGAUCGUGGUCCAAUGAAGAAGAGCUACUGUGGAAUGGUAUCAGUUCAUUUUGACGGUGAAGACUAUCUUGUCAUAAUUGGUGGAAGUAGGGGAUACUCUUCCAUCAAUACUCCAAAGCAACCUGAUGCUCAGUAUUCAGCUAAUGGUAAAUGUAAUGAGAUACAUUAUUACAAGAUUUCAUCAGAUCAAUGGAUAUCUCCUGUUGUUACCGGAGACAGGCCACCUCCUAUUGAUCAAUUUACUCUAACACAAGUUACUAAUAACACUGCAGUAAUGUUUGGAGGGUCUACUGAUAAUGGAUGGAGUAAUAAACUAUACAUUAUAAGUUUCACUAAGAUAUCAGUGAAUAUAUUAAAAGUACCUAAUCCUGGAGGAUCAGUACAAUGGCCUAAGGGAAGAGAUGCUCAUUCCAGUGUACUGAUUACCACUAGUUCAGGACCACACUUACUAGUAGUGGGUGGAUCACCUGCCUAUGAUGUAUGGUUACUGGACAUUAACAAAAGAAAAUGGAAAGAACUGAUUAAUCUACCGGACAAUGUCACUAGAAGAUACUAUCAUUCUCUCUCAGUGUGGAGUAUGACCCCAACUACUAACUUGAUGAUUGAAUUUGGAGGAUACACAUCAUACAAAGAUACAACAGCGAUUGAACUCAAGAAGUCUUUGAACAGCAGUUUAGCCUUAUCUUUGCUGACCGUUUCCUGCAAAUAA